CUCUGGGCCGCAUUACAACCAUGGGUGGCCGAUUAUGGCGUUCUCAGACGUUACAUUCUCAACUGUUACAUGGACUUGUAAUGCAAGAACAGCAAAAGUGAGAGUGGCAACAUUGCAGCUUUCGCAUCACAGAUGUGCCACAGAUUAUCAUGCUGUUGAGCCCUUCGAAAAUUUGUCAUGCUAAGCACCUUGAUCAAGAGGAGGCUGAUGGCAAUUUUGCAUGACAAAUUCAUGUAGCAGCUGAGAGCGUAACAGUUGAGAACGCCACACCGAUGGGGGGUGGAGGUCCAGCUGGAGGUUGUUCGCAGGAGCAUCAGUGUGGUCCACCUCCGAACUACAACAUGAUGGGUAUGGCAUUCUCAACUGUCACAUUCUCAACUGUGACAUGAAUUAAUAUUUACAUUGCUUGACUUCCGGGUUCUGGUCCCGCCUACCCCCCGGCGACAGGUGACCGUGACAGGUGACCGCGACAGGUGACCGCGACAGGUGACCUUGACAGGUGACCUAGACAGGUGACCUCGACAGGUGACCUUGACAGGUGGCCGCGACAGGCGAAGCGAGAGGAUAAAGCACAGGCGAGACCAGCGCCUGGGCGCAAAUAUUUAUUUCUCACGCCAAGUGCCGCUCUUGACCUUGACGUGAAAAACAAGAAUAGACUAAAAGCGCCAAAAAAAAAAAACGCGACGCAAAAAAUGGAAAAGAUUAAAGCUGUAACACAAACUGCCUCCAUAAACAAAGAAGUCUUUGCGUUGCCAUGCAAAAAUAAAAAAGCGGCUAUGUCUGCAAUGCACGGCCAGGAGACAGCUGCUUACUUUGCUCUGUGGAAUCGGAAAGGCGUUGCGCUUCAAUAUUAGAGAACUUUUUUGCAGCAGCCACACAGAGAUAUUUACUUUGCCUCUAUUUUUGUUGUGUCUUGCAAAAUGCAGGGCGCCUACUUCGCCCUUUUGCCACUAGCGCUUCGCGCACUGAGCCACUACGCGCGCGCCUGGUGUGAGGCGAGGAGCGGACGCUGUCCGCUCCGAUGCCGAACACCCUUCCCCCACUAGCGUUUUGCGCACUAAGCCACUACGCGCGCGCCUGGUGUGAGGCGAGGGGCGGACGCUGUCCGCCCCGAUGCCGAACACCCUUCCCCCACUAGCGCCACUAGGGACGAGCACAAGGCCCCAGCGUGGGGACCCUGUCCCCACGCUCGGGUGGGCCUUGUUUGUCAUGCAAGACUACCUUGAGCCGCCAGAUGACCAAGCUGCUUCGCAUGACAAAUCUCCGAGAGGCCAAACAGCAUCUAAAUAUGUGCCAAAUCUGUGAUGCGAAAGCAGCAAGCUUACCCCGUAGACUGUUGCCAUUUCUGCAUCGCAAAUCCAUGUAACAGUUGAGAAUGUAACAGUUGAGAACGCCAUAAUGGGCGAUCAUCAUCAUUCGUUCAUGGUAUAUCAGCAGGGCGGCAGCGGCGGCUACGGGGGUGCGCCGUUUGUUCCGAGCGGUAG